AAUAAUGGAGAGCAAUUGUCUCUGUAAUACUACCUGUCCCUGCACUUUUACUGUCGAUCAUUAAGAAACUAAUGAUUGAAACGACUAACUUAAACUAUUCGUCAUUACCUAUGUACCCAGCGAGGCACCAAUUGUCAUCCAAUUCAAUCUUCCCGAGGCCCUCUUGUUGAUUUUAAAAUGCACCCGCAAUAACUAUAUAUUAUGAGUGUGACACACUAUAAAAGGAAUAUUAAUUAAUUUUGUCCUCACCAAAACACCCCCUCGCAUUGAAGUUUACAUUUUAAUUCCUAUAAAUUCCCAAAUUACAUAACCCAUUUUUUGACCCGUUUAAUCCGAGACCAAAUCAUCGUAAUGGGUUCUUACGUAGAUGAAGAAAAUGGAAAAGAAUCACCUAAAUCACCUCCCAAUAAUUCAAAAUUCAGGUACAAUUCACCACUUGUUCAGGUUGGUUUAAUUGGAUUGGUAUGUUUUUGUUGUCCUGGUAUGUUCAAUGCCCUUUCUGGUAUGGGUGGUGGUGGACAAGUUGAUCACACAGCGGCUAACAACGCCAACACAGCACUCUACACAGCUUUCACAAUUUUUGGAAUAUUAGGUGGUGGAAUUUACAACAUUUUAGGUCCACAAAAGACACUGUUUGUUGGGUGUUCAACUUAUAUAUUGUAUGCUGGGUCUUUUCUUUAUUACAAUCAUAUAAAGCAUCAGGCAUUUGUUGUAGUGGCGGGCGGUCUUCUUGGUGUUGGUGCUGGCCUUCUCUGGGCUGCACAGGGAGCUAUUAUGACAUCGUAUCCGCCACAUGAUAGGAAAGGUACUUAUAUAUCGAUGUUUUGGAGUAUUUUUAACAUGGGUGGUGUUAUUGGUGGUCUUAUUCCUUUUGUGUCUAAUUAUAAUAGAACUACAGCAGCCUCGGUUAAUGAUGGUACAUAUAUUGGAUUUAUGGUUUUUAUGGCGAUUGGAACGUUUCUUUCUUUAGGGAUUUUGCAUCCUAGUAAGGUUGUUAGGAAUGAUGGUUCGACUUGUACUAAUAUUAAGUACUCGAGUGUGUCCGUGGAACUAGUGCAGAUUCUUAAGUUGUUUGGGAACUGGAAGAUGUUGUUGAUGGUUCCAGCUUCGUGGGCUAGUAACUUCUUUUAUACUUAUCAGUUCAAUAACGUUAACGGGGUGUUGUUCAAUUUGAGGACAAGGGGUUUGAACAAUGUGUUCUAUUGGGGUGCACAGAUGAUUGGGUCAGUGUUCAUUGGGGCCAUGAUGGACUACAGCUUUAAGAGCAGGAGGACUAGGGGAUUGGUUGGUAUUGCUGUUGUUGGCGUGCUUUCUACAGCAAUUUGGGGUGGAGGACUUGCGAAACAGCUUCAAUAUUCCCGUGAUGAUGUACCUGAUCACAUAGUGUUACUGGAUUUCAAGGAUGGUUCGAAGUUUGCAGGUCCUUUCGUCUUGUAUUUUAGUUAUGGAUUACUCGAUGCCAUGUUUCAAAGCAUGGUCUAUUGGGUCAUAGGAGCCUUGGCAGAUGAUUCUGAGAUUCUCAGCAGGUAUACUGGGUUCUAUAAAGGAAUACAAAGUGCAGGGGGAGCCGUUGCUUGGCAAGUCGAUUCACAUAAUGUGCCAUUCAUGAACCAGCUUAUCGCGAAUUGGGCAUUAACCACCAUUAGUUUUCCAUUACUGGUAGCUCUUGUAGUAUUAGCUGUGAAGGAUGACGACAAAGAUGAAAAGGGUGCAACUAAGGAAGUUGCCAUUCCUUCAAACCGUGACAUUAGUACUACAGUAGACAACCCCAGUAAGGAAUAGUUUACUGAACUGUAAAUUGUGGACAAUUAACCACAGUAUAAUUUAGUCCAGGCGUCGUGUGAUAUUGCUUUGUUAAUGUAUGUUUAAUUAUCUUAAAUCUCCAGUAAUUAUUAGAGUAUUAUUUUUAAUUUGUUACAUGCUCCAGAAAAGUUGACUUCA